AUGUUAUAUUGGAAACAACCGAAAUACUUUCUAUUUUCAACAUUGUUGGUGGUGCUGGUGAUAGCAUUGAGUAAUACAUUAUUCUUUAAUACGCUGGUGGAAGGAAUAAAAUUUGAUUUAAUCGCGGCACCAAUUGGUUCGUUCCAACCAAAAUGUAUCUCGGAACAUGUACAGGCUGAUACGAUGGUUGUGGUUAAAAUCAAAGUGGGAAUAGGAUAUAAUCAGAAAGUGGAAGUUGAGAUCACCGAUAACAGUCCUGCGCACAAUGUCUAUCGAAAAAGAAAAGAAUUGAAUACUGAUACGCCAAUAGCCUUCACGACUCAAGCAGACGCAGAAAUAAAUAUUUGCUUUACGAAUACGCUUGAUGAAGGAGCCUACCCGGAUCCGAAAUACCAUCGCACAAUCGAUCUAGAAGUCGACGUAGGAGCAGAGGCAAUCGAUUAUCAUACUCUAGCGACUGCUGAGAAACUGGCUCCGUUGGAAGCAGAACUCCGAAAAUUAGAACAGGUUGUGCAAGAGAUUGUUGAUGAGAUGGAUUAUUUAAGGAAACGUGAGGCUCGGAUGCGGGACACAAAUG